CCCCCACCCGACCACCCACCCAUCCACCCACCCACGUCUCAUCAACAUUUCGCAGUGCCACAGUUGAGCCACCCACCACCCACACACCCGCCCACACUGCACCCAGGAGGCUGCUUCCUUUGCCGCCCAUCCAGCCGCCCACCCAGCCGCCCACCCAGCCGCCCACCCAGCCGCCCAGCUGGACAUACAGCAUAUCUGACGGACGUUUAAAAGCUGAGAUGCUGGGAGAGGUCCUAGUGUUGACUUUUAUGGUGUUGGGCGUGUCAGGAGAGUGUGGUGAAGGUACUGGUGAUAGUGAUGGUGACGACAGUGAGUGUCCCUCUGGAUAUGGGACGGUGGUGCGAGUCCGCAGGAAGGCAGCGGACUUGACGCUGUUGUGGCCGGAUGCUGUGGUCCCUUAUACCUUCCUGGCCCCUGAGCCUGAGAGAGGGGUCGUGUUGAAGGGUGUACAACACUGGGAGCAACACACCUGCCUCAGGUUUCUUCCGUCAACGACACACAACUUGCCACACCUGCAGUUCCGCAAGCUGGCCGGAUGCCGCAGUGGGGUCGGCAUCGAGGCCGCCAGUGGCCAGAACAUCUCCAUCGGCGACAACUGUAAUAAGGUGGGCAUCGUGGUUCACGAGAUUGGGCAUGCCAUUGGUUUCUACCACGAGAUACGUCGUCCUGACCGGGACGACCACGUGGUCGUUAACGAGAACAACAUCCUCAAGAACGAACUCUUCAACUUCUACAAGCUUCACUGGCUCGAUGUCUCCAUCAAGUACGACCUGUCCUCCGUCAUGCACUACCACACACUGGAGUGGACUGCUAACGAGCGGACGACGGUGGCUACGCGCGACCCGACGUUGCAAGGACUGAUAGGACUGUGGAAGCAGGAGUCGAGCCGAGGUCUUCCCCACAGAGACAAACUCCUGGCCAACACAGUCUAUGGCUGCCUUGAUCAGUGGCUGGCCCAGUGUAACCUGAACCGCAACCCGUGUGAGAACGAGGGUUACCUGGACCAGGCGUGUACCUGUGUGUGUCCUCCUGGUACCACCGGACGUACCUGCCAGAUCAUCACUGGAGGUUAUUAUGAUCACUUGAAGUCACCUUGCAGUCAGGAUGUCACCUACCCCACCAUCCUUACCUCACCUGAUUACCCCAACAACUACGACCCAGACACAUGGUGCGUGUACCGUCUGGAGGCACCAGAGUGCCAGGCACCACAGGUGGAGGUGCUGGACUUCCAGCUGGGUCCUCGGGACAUGAGGGACCAGUGCUACCACGACUAUCUGGAGAUACGGAACGACUCCCUCUACGAUGGUUUUCUGUGA